AUUAUGCUGUUAAAACGCUGGUUCUGCAAGCCGCGCCGGCUCAAGGCAAAUAGCCGCGCGAUAUGACGUCACAAACCCAAUGUUUUGGUUGGCGAGAACUGUCAAACAGUAUGCCGGCACGUGCAGCGCGGCGCAUGUUGAUGUUUUGAACAAGAAACGAUUCCCGGGCACACAUAAUUACCGGCCGCAACGUUAUUUCGUUUCUGCAUCAAAAUGUCUAACAAUAUUUUCGAAGAUCCACAAAGCUCGGACGAAGAAUGCCCCGUACCGGAUGCGGAUUCGUGCACCGGCAAAGAGUUGACGAAACUGUUUCAGCAGGAACUAUCACCCGCGUCUGAAAUUGCUGCCUCGUUAAAGCGUACCUGCGGUCUGCACCUCUCCCAAUCGUGCCAGUACGAUACGCUGGCCGUCGGGUUGUCACGCAAAGAGCUGCAACUGUAUCGGGUACGGGAGAGUGGUGAGCUUGCGCUUGAAAAUGGUUCUUUAGGGCGGUUUGAAAGUGGGAUCCGUGGCGUACGGUUCUUCAAUGGAGACCCGAACAGUUUGCUGUGCUGUACCGAGGAUGGCGAUGUGCAUAUGUACGAUGUACGAAGCGGUUCCGAGGUGCAUCGUUUCGAAGAUACUUCCGAGGGUUUAAAAAAGACCAUCUCGUCGUGCGACAUCAAUCAAAACGAUCGGGUGCUCUGUGCGUCGAGCGAGAUACAGAAGAAUGGUGAUAGUUUUCUACUGUUUUUCGACGUCCGCCAGCGUUCGUAUCUCGGAUGCUACUGGGAGUGUCACAGCGACGACAUCACGCACGUACGCUUUCAUCCAACCAAUCCGGACCUGUUCGCCAGCGCCAGCGUGGAUGGGUUGAUCAAUGUGUUCGACAUUUCGAAAACGACCGAAGAUGAUGCGAUGCAAUACUGCUACAACGUGGAAACGGCGGUCGAUUCGAUUAACUGGCACGCGGACCCAACCGGACGGGAUCUGAUAUCGUGCGUAACGACCACCAACGAUCUGCAUCUGUACGACGUGGAGAGUCAGGACAGUGUGGCGCUGUUUGACCGCGAGCACAUCACAAAGGCGAUGCGCCGUACGUCGGCGAUCGAUUGUAAUGUGGUCGGGACGCACAACAACGGCAGCGGCAGCUUUUUCGUGCUGGCAGGGUCCAACUUUAACAAAGGCAAGGAUUGUUUGCGGACGCUAAGGUACGACAACAAAUGCUUGCUUCCCGAUCGGUCGUUUACCAACAGCAAACAGAUUGUGCGCGCCAGCGUCUACAACGAAAAGGACCAGUAUCUGAUUGUAACGGGCGAAGGCGGUUUGAUUACGCUCUGGAAGUGCCGGAUGGAUGGCGCGUCGGACACUGCCAUGGGAAUCAAUAGCGCCAGCAACAGUCUGAAGCAAAAGCUGCACGUUAGUCAUCGUGCGAAACCGUACUGAGCGAGCUGAAGGACGGUUUCAUUUUCUGUUAAGACUAAAUUGAAAAAAAGCGGUUAAUACAAAUAAAAAGCGAAUAAAACGCCUCCCUGUUGGUUGAUCAUCAUUGAACCAAAGAAUUGAUUCUAAGCACUUCCCUCCGAAGACAGGAUCGCCGAACGCUUUAUUGAUUCUAAUUGAUUUUAUCGCCUGGUGUGGCAGGUUUUUUUAUUUUGGGGGGGGUGAGAGCACGUUUUCGUUGACGAUGGGCGCCAAGACGAGCAUCAUCACGAGCGAACAGCUGGCCGAGUAUGCCGAGCUAACGUACCUCAGCAAAUCGGAAAUCAUUUUCAUCCUGCAAAAGUUCCUCCUUCUCGAUGGGGGCCAUCAGUUUUCGCUUACCAAACGGUUCCCCGAACAGGACGUGGUUAAUUUGUUUCCUCAGUUAAAGCAUAAUCCAUUCCGCGAUCGUUUGCUGCACGUGUUCUCGUCCGAGCAUGAUGAUCGGUUUUCGUUCGAGGAUAUGCUGGACCUGUUUAGUGUGCUUUCGGAGAAGUGUCCGCUCGCGGUGAAAGCUACCUGGGCCUUUCAGAUGUACGAUUUUGACAACGAUAAUCUCAU